UUGGCGAACAUUUUGGCGCGAAUCCAUCGCUAGAUCGCCAAACAAAAACAAGAUCAAAACUAUAUCAACAAUGAGCGGACAAACCAAAAUGUUUGGCGAGAAAGCCUUCGACCUUCUUAAGGAACUGGAGAGAUCGUCGCAGACCAUUCCCGCCUUCGACGACGACGGUGUGCGUCAGGUUCUGGAAGAGAUCAAGGCGAUAUUCGAGGAGAACGUGGCCCAGGCCUCCACCUACAAUGCUUCCGGGGAUCGCAGUCUGUGGCCGCUUCUAAACUUCAGACACGCAGCUCUCCAGCGGAACAAGAGGUGUCUGCUGGCCUACUUAUACGAACGGUGCAAGAGGAUCAAGGCCCUGAGGUGGGAGUUUGGACCCAUUAUUCCCGGAGACAUCAAGCAGGCACUCUGCGAACCGGAGGUCACCUUCUUCAACAACUACUCCAAAUCCUUGGCUGCCUACAUGUGCAGUGCGGGCUACAACCAGGGAUUGCCCAUCGAUCUCACCAACAAUCUGCGUCCCCCGAAGUCCCUUUACAUAGAAGUGCGCUGCAUGGAGGACUAUGGAAAGUUCGAGCUGGAUGACGGCGAGGUGAUCCACCUGAAGAAGAACAGCCAGCACUACCUGCCCAGAGCUCAAGUUGAGUCUCUCGUGAGGCAGGGCAUUCUACACCACAUAGCCUAGUCUAGAUAACAUAGUUAAUAGUUUAACGUAGAACAAAUAAAACAUACAUUUCUAAAUUCAAA